GCUGGUCUGAACUCCUGAGCUCAAGCGAUCCUCCUGCCUCGGCUAACCAGUGUUGGGAUUAAAAGAAACCACAGAAUAAGAGAACUCCAGAUUUGCCUGAAGAAGAGUAUGUGAAGGAUGAAAUGCAGGAGAAUGAAGAAGCAGUCAAAAAGAUGCUUGUGGAAGCCACCCGGGAGUUUGAGGAGGUUGUGGUGGAUGAGAGCCCUCCUGAUUUUGAAAUACAUAUAACUAUGUGUGAUGAUGAUCCACCCACACCUGAGGAAGACUCAGAAACACAGCCUGAUGAGGAGGAAGAAGAAGAAGAAGAAGAAAAAGUUUCUCAACCAGAGGUGGGAGCUGCCAUUAAGAUCAUUCGGCAGUUAAUGGAGAAGUUUAACUUGGAUCUAUCAACAGUUACGCAGGCCUUCCUAAAAAAUAGUGGUGAGCUGGAGGCUACUUCAGCCUUCUUAGCAUCUGGUCAGAGAGCUGAUGGAUACCCCAUUUGGUCCCGACAAGAUGACAUAGAUUUGCAAAAAGAUGAUGAGGAUACCAGGGAGGCAUUGGUCAAAAAAUUUGGUGCUCAGAACGUAGCUCGGAGGAUUGAAUUUCGAAAGAAAUAAUUGGCAAGAUAAUGAGAAAAAAAAGUCAUGGUAGAUGAGGUGUUUAAAAAAAAUUGUGACCAGUGAACUUUGGAGAGUUCUUGCAUUGGAACUGGCAUUUACUUUUUGACCAUUGCUGCUGUUGCUCUGUGAGUCCUAGAUUUUGUAGCCAAGCAGAAUUGUAGAGGGGGAUAAAAAGAAAAGAAAUUGGAUGUAUUUACAGCUCUCCUUGAACAAAUAUCAAUGUGUUUAUGAAAGGAAGACCUAAACCAGACAGGAGUUGGUCUACAUAGUAGUAAUCCUUUGUUGGAAUGGAACCCUUGCUAUAUUAGUGACAAAGUGAAAGGAAAUUUAGGAGGCAUAGGCCAUUUCAGGCAGCAUAAGUAAUCUCCUGUCCUUUGGCAGAAGCUCCUUUAGAUUGGGAUAGAUUCCAAAUAAAGAAUCUAGAAAUAUGGGAAGAUUUUAAUUAUGAGGCCUUGAACACGGAUUAUCCCCAAACCCUUGUCAUUUCCCCCAGUGAGCUCUGAUUUCUAGACUGCUUUGAAAAUGCUGUAUUCGUUUUGCUAACUUAGUAUUUGGGGACCCUGCUCUUUGGCUGUUCUUUUUUUGGAGCCCUUCUCAGUCAAGUCUGCAGGUUGUCUUUGUUUACCUACCCCUCAGUUUUCCUUAAAACAUGCACACAACCCUAGAGAGUCUUAAAAAUAAUGUUACUUGGUUAAUGUGUUAUUUAUUGAGUAUAGUUUGUGCUAAGCAUUGUGUUAGAUUUAAAAAAUUAGUGGAUUGACUCCACUUUGUUGUGUCGUUUUCAUUGUUGAAAAUAAAUAUAACUUUGUAUUUGA